AUGACAAGGAAAAACAUUGCCAAACCAGCACCACCCAAAACCUGCAAACCCCAGCCAGCCAGCAACACAAACAUUGCUGGAAGCCAGGGAAAGGCGGUGCAGAAACAAGACGAUUACAGAACACCAAAGUGUUUGCCGUCGCGUGGGGGUUUGGGUUUGAAACGACACUUUGUGCCCAAGCAGCCAGGAAUCGAGCUGGCGUUUGGCGGAGCAGCUGCCGCUUUGAUUUCGCUGCAGGUGCGAUACGGGUCGAAGUGGAGCGACUACGUCGGUGGCUCCCUGGGGGACCUGGAGGAGAUUGUCCUGCACCCCGGCGAGUCCAUCGUGCAGGUGUCGGGGAAGUACAAGCUCUACCUGCGCCGGCUGGUCCUCACCACGGACAAGGGUCGCAGCUUCACCUUCGGCAAGGACACGGGCACCAGCUUCAACGCGGCCCCCCUGCACCCUCGCACUGUCCUGCGGUACCUGAGCGGCCGCGCUGGGGGCCUCAUCGACGCCCUCGGCUUCCACUGGGACACCUACCCCCUGCACUGCCUGCGCUGCAGCCUGGCGGGGCCUGGCCUGAGCUCAUAG